GGAGCUGAAAGGUGCUGAAGAAGAUUGACUUUACGACGUUUUGCGACAAUUUGGUCAAUGGUGGGCACAUCGGAAAACUGUAGUGACAAGAAGAUGGCGGAGGGAAGUAAUGAUGCUGAGCUACUCAAGGAGAAGGCGAAUAAGUACUUCAAAGAGAAAGACUAUGAAAAUGCUAUCAAGUAUUACACAGAGGCUUUGGAGCUCAAUCCAUCCAAUGCCAUCUACUACAGCAAUCGAAGUUUGGCAUACCUCCGCACAGAGUGCUAUGGCUAUGCCUUGGCUGAUGCCACAAAGGCCCUGGAGAUAGACAAAAACUACAUAAAGGGAUAUUACCGGCGUGCCACGUCCAACAUGGCACUGGGAAAGUUCAAGGCUGCGCUCAAAGACUAUGAAACGGUUGUGAGAGUUCGACCAAAUGACAAAGAUGCAAGAAUGAAGUACCAGGAAUGUAACAAAAUUGUAAAACAGAAGGCAUUUGAAAGAGCCAUUGCCAGCGAUGAGACCAAAAAAUCAGUGGUUGAUUCUCUGGACAUUGAAAACAUGACUAUUGAGGAUGACUAUGUGGGCCCCAAACUUGAAGAUGGAAAAGUCACUUUGACAUUCAUGAAAGAGAUGAUGGAAUGGUUCAAAGAGCAGAAGAAACUCCAUAGAAAGUGUGCAUAUCAGAUUUUGGUGCAAGUCAAAGAUGUUUUGUCAAAGCUACCAAGUCUUGUUGAAAUCACAUUAAAAGAGUCUGAUAAAAUAACCAUUUGUGGUGACACCCAUGGGCAAUACUAUGAUCUUCUCAACAUCUUCACAUUGAAUGGCUUACCUUCAGAGACCAACCCAUACCUGUUCAAUGGUGAUUUUGUAGAUCGUGGAUCUUUUUCAUUGGAAGUCAUUUUAACACUUUUUGGCUUUAAGCUCCUCUAUCCUGACAACUUCCACUUGCUGAGAGGUAACCACGAGACGGACAACAUGAACCAAAUGUAUGGUUUUGAAGGUGAAGUCAAAGCCAAGUACACAGCCCAGAUGUUUCAGCUGUUUAGUGAGGUCUUCCAGUGGCUGCCUCUUGCACAGUGCAUCAACAACAAAGUAUUGGUAAUGCAUGGAGGACUGUUCAGUGAAGAUGGGGUGACACUGGAAGACAUAAGGAAAAUAGACAGAAACAGACAACCUCCAGAUUCAGGGCCCAUGUGUGACCUCCUUUGGUCUGACCCACAACCACAGAAUGGCCGAUCAAUCAGUAAGCGGGGAGUCAGCUGUCAGUUUGGACCAGAUGUAACUGAGCGCUUCCUGGAACAAAACAAGUUGGACUACAUUGUCCGUAGUCAUGAAGUGAAGGCUGAGGGCUACGAAGUCACUCACUCAGGAAAGUGCAUCACCGUGUUUUCAGCACCCAACUACUGUGAUCAGAUGGGAAACAAAGGAGCUUAUAUUCAUCUCAGGGGAUCUGAUCUGAAGCCAGAAUUUCACCAGUUCACUGCUGUGCCUCAUCCGAAUGUCAAGCCCAUGGCAUACGCUAACACAUUAAUGCAGUUGGGGAUGAUGUAGUUCUCCUUCCGUCAUGAAACAUCCCAGCCACUUCACUCCCUCCAGUGCCCAGAAAUACUGUUGUUCUUGUUGGGCUACGAGUUCCCUGUCUCUGAUGAAUUGUUACUAGAUGUAUGCACAAAUAGUGAUUCAUAGGGAAGCGAUCUCUUAGCCCAGCCCAGUUGUUAUUUUCUUUUAUAUUAUUGAUUAUAACCGGGGAAAAAAUCUCAUGUUGCUCAUGUCCAUUUGUAGGUAACUGAACCAGCUGUCAUGUACCAAAGAUCUGAGUUGAAAAUGAUUGUUUGGUUUUAGUGGGGGUGGCUGAAGCCUAGAGUACUAUUCCCAGACUUUUAAAAUGGUUAAGAGCAAGCAGCAUGUCACUUGUGUUCAAAUACAAACCAUCCUACAGUAUGUGACCUAUUGUUUUGCUGUUGGCAUUUCUGAUCAUGUUCAAAGAUACUCUACAAGUCAGUCAAAAUGGUUCCACUCGAGGUGCUGUCUGCCAUUAGUGGUGUUACUGGGUGAGCUUUGUAGCUGGUAAUGAUUUGCACUGCUGCACUGUUUCCUCAUUGGGAAGGUACUGCUGCUCUCCAUAAUUCCAUCAUUAUACAUAAUUGUGCCACUCACCAGGCAGCUCCUGCACAGUCUACUCUGUAACUAGUUUUAGUCUAGCAAACACUGACGGCAAUCCAGCCUACAAUACAUGUUUGAUUACUGGUUAUUUAGCUCACGUGGAUUUUGUCAGUACACAAACGUCCAAAAUGCAACCCUGUCUUGAAACGCACAGCUGUAUUGUCCAUUGGCCCUCUUUUUAGAUUAAUAUACACUGUUGUGUAUGUGUAUAUAUAUAUACUGUAUCAUUUAAAGAUUCUGUGUAAUGUUUCAGGAAAAUUAUUGAAUAAAAAAUAAGUCAAGA